AACCACUCAUUUCGACUGAUAUCUAUCCUUGCGCAGAUAACUGGAUUCGUGUGCCAACCAAACUCAUGCUAUCUAUCGAUCAGUACUACCAGAACUCGCAUCAUUGUUGCUAAUUAGCGCACAAAUACCUCAUCACUUAGCGCGACUGAUUCAAACAACAUCCUCACGCUCCCGACUCAGCAUCGAGCGCUCCCAGCCAAACCACAAUCCCCCAACCUCGAAUUGCGCGUCGCAGCUCACUUCUAUUGUAAACCACAACAUGGCAACGCCAGCUCCUGCUCAACCUGUAACAGCAGGAGGCACCGCUUCAAUGCCAGCAACCCAAACAGGAGCAACAGCAACCACGCCCUCCCACCUCCGAGACGUCACGCAACAAUUAAACGCAGACGCCAACGCCAACUCCAAUUCCAAUGCCAGCAACAACACAAAUCACACCACUGCCACCACAAAUCCCACCUCAACAUCCGCAACCCCAGCACCCACGACAGCAACAGCGACUGCCUCAGCGCCAGGUGCAACCCCAGGAACCCCAGGCGCCUCCUCCGGCUCGCACCCCGCCGCCUCCACGUCCAAAAACGGAAUUGGCGCAGGCGCAGUCCCCUCGACCACCGAUGCAAUAGCAUCAACAACCGCAUCAACGACAACAGCAACAGCAACGGCUCACCGCGGCCUUCCAUACUACGAGAAACUGCGACGCGAACUCCGCGACACGCUACAGAAGAAGCGGUUGAUGGAUAAGAGCAUGGCCCAACUCGAAGACCAAAUCUACCGCUUCGAACAAUCCUACCUCGAAGAAACCACCGCCGGAAACAUCAUCAAGGGCUUCGACAACUACAUCAAGGGCUCCUCGACCGGCGGCGGCCUCGGCGCGGGAGGACUCUCGCUCUCUUCCGGCGUCGGAGGUGGAAGUGGAGGUGGAGGCGGCGGUGGGGGAAGUAAUGCCGGCGGCGGCGGGGGUGGUGGUGGUGCGAGACGCAAGGCGCCCGUAACAGAAGCGGAUCGCGUGUUUUCGAGGAGUUCGGCGAGUUAUAUGCGGGAUUCCCCUGCCCCCUCAUCCGCCCAAACAACCCCCUCGCACGCCCCGACGCCCAAUUCUACCUACAAUGGUUCGUCGACGGGCAAAGCCGGAAAUAAUGGGGAUGCUGCCUCCUCGGCGGCGAACAGCGUCAAGGGAACCUCGUCAAAAAACAAAAAGAAGUCCGGUGGUGGUGGGAACAAGGAUAAAUCCGGUGGGAAUAGCAGCAACAACACGAAGGUUGAGGAUGAGGAUGGGACGGAUGCGGAUCGACCGCCGACGAAACGGUUGAAGAUCACUUAUGGACGGGAUUAGCGUUCGUCCGCGGCGAUUCCUUUAGUCUCGGAUGGUGUACUCUGGUUGAGAGGCUGCUGGGAUGGGAUGUUAUGGGUCUGGAUUAGGAGCUUUUGGCAUGUAGGAGACACGUUCUAAAGGUCUCGAACUAUGCUUCUCCCAUCUGGUCCUGGCAGUGCUGAAGAUCCUGUGCUCCUGGUGGAAGGAUGACUGAGGCGUCUUUUUUUCUCCUUUGAUUAUUUUCUCGUGAUAUCCUCUUGUACAGUACUACACAUAGCAUCACUUGGUGUUGGCAAUGCUGAU